AUGCACAGAAAAGUGCUAAGCACAGAAUUUAUGUUUGUUGGAGCACCUAGUCACUGGUGGGAAUCUGUCUCACGAACUAGGAUGGAAGAGCAGCAACGUAACUUGACUUGGGAGCAGUUUAAGGAUGAAGUGAUGGAAAAAUAUUUCCCACAGGCUUUGAGAGACUUCAAGGAAUCAGAGUUUCUACAGCUCAGGCAGGGAGACAUGUCACUUAUUGAUUAUGAGAGAGGUGAAUGUUUACUUGAGAAGAACGUGUGUUUUCGGUGUGGUAAGCCGGGACACAUUGCCCUCAACUGUACAGAGUCUCCAAAGAAGAAGGAUGAUGAUCAAGACAAGAAUAAAAAAGCAAAAGCUCGAGUUUUUGCACUGAAUCAGCAUGAGGCGGAGCAGGAUCCAAAUGUGAUUGCAGGUAUUAUGUUAUUAUCUGAUGUACCCGCUUACGUACUUUUUGAUUCUGGGGCUACCAAUUCUUUUAUCUCUGCAUCCUUCGCCGCUAGGUCAAACUUUGUAUGUGUGAAAACGAAUAAUGAAUUAGAGGUUAGCAUCCCUUCAGGAAGAAUUCUUUGUACAAAUCGGAUGACUAAGGCUAUGAAGUUAAAGAUUGACGGGAAAAUAUUACAACCAGACUUAUACCUUCUGGAGAUGAAAGAUUUUAAUAAAGAAGUAUUGUUUCACAGACCGGGAGAGGAAGAAUUCCAUUUCUUUGGAGUACAAUUCAAGUCUUUACCUCGUCUUAUAUCAACUAUUCAAGCGGAAAGGAUGUUGAGAAAGGAGUCAUGUCAAGGAUUUCUGGUUAAUAUCAACAGUUCCCAACAUACAGAAACGACUGUUAACGAUAUUAACAUCGUGCGAGACUUUGCAGAUGUAUUCCCAGAAGAUUUAUCGGGCAUUCCACAAGAUAGGCAAAUAGACUUGAGAUCAGGCUAUCACCGGCUGAAAAUCAGGUCAAGCGAUAUACCUAAGAUUGCUUUUAGGACUCGUUAUGGACACCAUGAAUUCACUGUCAUGCCUUUUGGUUUGACCAACGCUCCAGCUGUAUUUAUGGAUCUCAUGAACAGAGUGUUCCAUCAGUAUUUAGAUCAGUUUGUCAUAGUGUUUAUUGACGACAUACUUGUGUACUCAAAGAAUAAGAAGCAGCAUGACGAUCAACUUCGAAUACUAGAUCGCGUAGGUUUUCUUGGUCACGUGGUUACCGCCCAAGGAAUCGAAGAGGAUUUUGCUAAAGUGGAAGUAGUAACAAAUUGGCCAAGGCCGACCAGUGUGGGUGAAGUCCAUAGUUUCUUGGGAUUGGCUGGUUAUUAUAGAAGAUUCAUUGAAAACUUCUUAAAAAUAGUAGGGCCGAUGACUCAGUUGACAAGAAAGGGUGUGAAGUUUCAGUGGACAGAAAGAUGUGAAAAAUGCUUUCAAGAACUCAAGCAGAGACUAGUUUCAGCUCUUGUAUUGAUGAUACCAGAUGGCUCUGAUGGAUUUGUGAUUUAA